AAACUGAUUCCUAAGUAUGAUUUUUUUUUUUCUUUCUUCUUCUUUUUUUUUUUUUUAAUUUUUAUUUAUUUAUUUUUUCUCCUCUAACCUGUCUACAAAAGGCAUUUUGUAAAGGGUAUAGUGGUAUAGUACCUGUGUAGGUUUUUGACUUAAAACAACAGGUUUAAUCUCAAACUAGUGUUUCGAGUUUAAUCUUAAGUGUGGUCCUAAUACUUGUUUUGGUUUUUUUUGUUGUUUUUUGUGUUUUUAAGACUAGUAAAAGUGUGAUUCUUAGGUCAUGUGUCUUUAAUCUGUAAUGUAUUAUUAGAGCACCUGUGAAAAGAAAAAUGGAAUCCAGGUUUCAGAAGACGUUCCAACAUUGUUUGCUUAGAAUAAAACAGCAAAAACUGCCUCCUCCUUUACAAAAAUAAGAAUAAACUGAGAAAUUGUAAAAGUAACCUGCAAAUAAACCUUGAAAAUGUGUUUUCUUUUGGUUUUUUUACACUUUACAGCACAAUUUCAAAAUAUAACCUAGUUAUUGUAGUACUUUAUUACAGAUUUAUUGUUUUGAUAUACUCAAUUGAUUGAUUUAUUCCAAACUACAAAUGUCACCUUUUUUAUGUUUUGGUCUCCAUACAAAAAGCCUGGUGUUUUUUAGCACAUAGGUAUGUGAUUGAAAACUGGGUACUGUAUGAACAUGGGCAUGGACAGGCAGGCCUCUUGACUUUCCCAUAUUAGCAUACGUCAUUGACUGCUAAGAUGAGGGUACCGGAACUAUGGUGACGCAGGUAAAGUUGUUACUUAAACGUUCUCUCCACCUCUUCUUUAGUUAAUAUACAUGGUAUAUUUAUACCAGUUGUAUUAAGGAAAUGUUGAUAUGUUAUUUUAUCAGCAAGCAGAUACAAAUAAAGGGGCUGUUGUGUGUAAUUACGUAAGGGGCGUGGCCUCACAUGCACAAUCCGAGUUGGUACAGGUGGGAUACUCACGCGCCUGGCUGUCCGCUGGAGCUUCCGCUGAUACAGAAGUUAGCGCUUUAGGACUUUACAAGACGUUUUUGUUUUUCGUCUCUGCUUUUAUACUGGAAAUGCAAACGGUUGCUUCUAAUAACAAGCGUGCUUAAAGUUUUACAAAAAAUGCCUUGUGUAAAGGAAUUCAAGAGAUUAAGCUCGUUGUUUCUGGCCAUUUUAUCAUUUUUUACUUUCCAAGGUGCCCGCUGUGAACUGCUGGUUUCUCCUGCUGGUCCCAGUCUGGUGAAUGCUUUAGCUGGCGAAAACGUGACUCUGGCUGUGUCCUUCAGUGGUGCCACUGACCCAGUUGUUAGUUGGUUUAAGGGGGUUUUAAAUAUUGCUACAUGGACUAUAAACUCCAGUGCUGAUCCACCUGUAGCUGCAACUUUCAGUAGUGUAAUCAGGAUAGACAAACAAAGUGCAAAUCUCACCUUUCUUAAUGUUCCACUUAACUACACCAGUGACUACACCAUCGAAAUGGUUAAAUCUGGAAUGAGUAAAGCCUCAACUACUUUCACUCUUAAAAUAUUUGAAUACAUCCAGAGCUUGACUCUGAGCUCACAGCCGGGUCUUAUCAAAGAGGGAACUGAGAACUUCACCCUGCAGCAUAGCAUGCUCCAAGGAGUGUUUGAGCAACAAAUGUGGUUCUUCAAUGGCAUUGAAAUAAAAAACAGCUCACACUAUUUAGUGAAGACACAGGCAAAUAGUCUUGUGAUCCUCAGGCCAAACCGAAAUGACACAGGAGAGUACGCUGUGUUACUGACAAACCCCUUCAGAAAUGCAACGGCAUCUCAAAAUGUCUCUGUGCAGUAUGGACCUGAUGAGCCUACACUUGAGGCCCAUCCACUUCAGACUUUUUAUUUAGCAGGAGACUCUUUGAACCUCUCCUGUCAGGCUAAUGGAUUCCCACAGCCAAUCUCUGAGUGGGUCUUUGGUGGGAAUAUCAUUUCCCUAAAAGGAGUCCUGAAUCUAACAAAUGUACAAACCAGUCAAGGAGGUGUUUACACAUGCAGGCUGGUCAAUGAAGAUACAAAAGAAAGCCGCCAAAAGAACAUGACCUUAACUGUUUAUGAGCGGCCAGUGGGCAAUCCUGAGUGCUCGGUGCAGUCAGUGAAUGCCAUCAACCUGCAGUAUCACUGUGAAUGGGUAGGGGGAACCCCACAGGCCCAGCUGUCUUUUCCAGAGCUAAGCAACUCCAGCAGUGGAGCAGGGAACUUCAGCUUAACCGUCAAUGCAUCAGAUAAUCUAAAUGGGAAAACAAUCCAGUGCAUGGCAGAACACCCGGUUGAACAUAAUAAGUGCAAUAUCACUGCAAGUGGUCCUGUAGCAUUCCUUCCAAUUAUGAGAACCACAGUUGACUCUGGGGGCAAAAUAGUGGUGACAGUCCGCUGUUUCAGUGAGGCAUCGCCUAAAGCUGUUGUGUCAUGGUUCAGUAGCAAUGAGACUGUCACCAACGGGUCCACAUACCAGAUCAGCAGCAACACCUCACAGCUUAUGAUUCGUCAUUACAAUGUCAGCAACUUUCUUCUCCAAAACUACACCUGCACAUGCAGGAACCCUCUGGGCAGCAAGAAAAGAGAAAUUCAGCUACAAGGACCAUCCAUCUCAGAUUCCAGUUUGUUCCCUAACCGAAACGGAACCAUCGUCACGUUGACCUGGGAGGUCCCAUCUAUGUCUGUUGUUACAGGGUUCGACAUCCAGAUGAAAGGACCAGACCUUCUGAGCAAAAAUCGCAAUGCCCCUCUGACUAAAAGCAGCUCAAAUGUAUAUCGCACAAUCCAGCAGAAACCUGGUUCUGCCAGGAGUACGGAUAUCUUUUUCCUUGAUCCCAAGCUGACCUACUGGUUUCAAGUCAUCCCCAAAGCUCGUAUGACCAAUGGAGAGCCAUCUAAGAGCCAACGAAUUGGUCCAGGUGAAGGACUGAGUGGUCCUGCUAUUGCUGGCAUUGCAGCAGGCAUCCCCUGCAGCCUUCUGUUCCUUCUUUUGCUGACUGGCCUCAUCUACCUUGGUGUCUACUGCAUCAGGAACAAAAGUCAUCAGCCAAGAUAUCCAGUUCCCAGAGCAGUUGAUAAGGUAAAAAACAGCCAACCAAAUAUCACUGCGAAUAACAUGCUGAAAGGAGUGUUGAGGUCCCCCCCUGACUACAACAGGUUACAGAAGACUCUCUCUGAAAAAUCAGUGUCUCUGCCUGCAUUUAUCCCUCCUCCACCUACCAGAGUUGCUACAACCGUCUAAGUUUU